CUCGCUCGCACCUAAUCGAAAAGUCCGAAAUCAUGUUGCCUACAUUUUGCCGAGUGACGGGCAACAGCCGUAACCUGCCCAAGCCCAAUUAUUUCCCGCUGUUGCCGCCCAUUUCGCCGGUGGAAGCGCGUCGCAUUUGCCGGUUGAUGGGCAAAUCCGUUGGCAGUUCGGACGAAGAACUUCGCCACACGUACGUCCCUCUCAUCGAAUUCGCUCGCAUCUCCAAAGCCGUUAAAUGUCACAUCACCAAUCACGCCGACCAACAGCAUCACUACCAGCAGACGAAUGCAACGGGAAGCAACGGUCCGGCCGGAAAGUGCCGCAUCACGGCCAAACACCAAAUCAACGACAAUUACAAAUAUCUCUAUCCCAUCAUCGGAGCCAAAGACACGAAUCUCAAACAGUUGAAAGCCAUUCUCGAUAGGAUGAGCAGCCGGCUGGACACGCUAACCUUCCAGCCCGGCCAGCGAUUCGUUUACCAGCUGGACGACAAUCAUUUGAAUCUCGUCCUGCCCGCCGAAAUGGAGGCGGCCAUCCGUCGCGGAGAGAUCGAGAAUCUUUUGCUGUCGAGAGACGGUUCGAGCGUCCUCAUUCGGCUCAAAGAUGGGCCCAGUUUGACGCUGAAUCUACGACCCAUAACUCUGCCCGUCCCCGGCGACAUGCCUCCGCUGCUGGAAGGAGGCGGACAGGACGACGAAAUUCUGGCCAAACAGCGACAGAUCCGACAGUACAAGAAGCGCAAGAUUUCGGAUCCCAAGAAGAACGGCGUCUUGACGCCGACGCCGCCGCCGGAAGAGUCCGAGAAAGAGCAAAUCAUCAUCGCCGACUGGACGGACCGUAUGGAGAAAUUAACGGCGUACCAUCGGAGCGCCAGCAAUUUGCUGACGCUGGGCUCCGAUUGGCGCGAGCUGCUCUAUCCGAAAAUCGACAAUUGGAAUUUCGACUCGCUGCCCGUCCUCAAGGAGGAAGAUUUGCCCAACUUGCCCAUCCGCAAUUUCGAUCCUGUUCAACUGCCGGCCGACAGUUUGUCGCCCGGAUUGAUCCAAUCGAAUCAAGUCCCCAUUCUGAACGAGGAAACGGUCGGCUUCGAAGCCGUGCCCAUCUUUGGCGAAGCCAUCCGGCCCUUCAAGGGCAAAUUGGCACCCAACUUUGUCCAGGAGCUGGAUCGGAUCACGGCCACGCAAGCCGCCUCUUCCACCGCCCAACUGAAGGACCUCUUCAGCGACGUCGAAUCGCUCAUGUUCCUGCCCUUCAUUCACGAGGUUGGGUCCGUCCUGGAAGCCGUAGACCGCGGCCGGAAGGGAUGGAUGGUGCGCAGCGAACAGGACGGCGUCCGAUUCGUCACAACUCCGCCAUCCGGAAAGGAUCAGGACAAAAUCAGGGCCGUUGAAGGCAUGAUGGUUCCGGUCGGCCAAGGCGAGGAGGAGCGUUUCGUCGUCGGGCAACACGUUCCCAAAUCCGCGACCGGAUUCGUUCCGGGCAAGAUGGUUGGAGAACAUUUCCAGCCUGGAUGCGUCGUGCAGGGAGUGGAGGGAGUCGGAUUCCUGCCUGGAUGCAUCUUUGAUGGAGUCUUUGCCGCAGGGCAAAUCAUCCGAGACGGCCGAUCGUCGCAGUUCAUCAACGGCCAAUCCGUGCAGACGCUCUUCGGUCCGAAAUUCUUGCCGGGCCGGACGAUCCAGACGGAUGGCGAAGGGUUGAAAUUCGUGGCCGGCCAAACGUCGUCGGUGGACGGCAAGUUUCACGUCGGCCAACUCUUUCAAACGAUCAACGGGCCGACGUUCGUCAGCGGGGUCACGUUCGACACGCCGCAAGGCGCCUGUUUCGUCGCCGGCCAAGUGGACGUGGACGGCCAAUUUGCUGCCGGACAGGUCUUGAUGGAUGGCCCGAACGGCACGGCGCAAUUCACGAUGGGCGAAAACGUGGAAACGGCCGACGGUCCGCUCUUCCUGCCCGGUCAGAGUUACAAGACGCCAGACGGACGGACGAAAUUCUGUCCCGGUCGCCAAAUGGUUUUGGAGGACGGCCAGAAGCGGUUCGUACCGGGCGAGACGAUGAUUUCCAAAGAAGGGACGCAAUUUGUUGCCGGAGUCUUAGCCGAGGAGAAAUUCAUCCCGUGCCAAAUCGACAUGACGCAAAACGGCCGUCUGCUAAUAGCCACCAAAGAAGAGGAAGUCUUCUUUCGGACGGGCGUGAGCGACGGCCUGCCCAUCGACAACAGCACGUUCUCUGCGAUGCCGAGGAAGAAGCCGGACAUGGGCUACAUGAUCCAGGUGGAAGAGAAAGUCAAAUUCUUGCCCACCGAACAAGGACACGAUGAGCUGAUGAUCAGCACGGCCAACGGCGAAGACGUCAAGGUUGUUCCCGGCCAGCUGCUGGAGAUGGACGACACGCCGAAAUUCAUCCCGGGCAAAACGAUCGAGAGCGCCCUGGGCAACAUUUUCAUCCCCGGUCAGGCCGUCAGGACGGGACCCAACAAGAUUGAGCAGUUUGUGCCCGGCCAAGUCAUCGACACGGGCAAUUCCUCCUCGAUCGAAGGCAUCAGCGGACCCAUGUUUUGUCCAGGUCAAAUGGUGAAUUGCGAGAGUGGCAAAAAGUUCGUACCUGGCCAAGUGUUUGGCAGCAAAACUGGGCCACGCUUCGUACCGGGCAAAAUCCUGCUGAGUCCUUCGGGCGCCAGCACGUUUAUUCCGGGUCAGGUGCUGUACAGCAGCGACCGCGGCUCCGUUUUCGUACCUGGCAACAUUGUAGACACGAAUUCCGGGCCUUACUUUGUCCCCGGACGGGUGGUAGACCUGCCCAACGGCGGCAUCAAAUUCCUGGCCGGUGAGAUCAUCGAAACCGAUUCGGGCCCACGCUACGUCACCGAACACGAAACCGACUUGGACCUGCUGGACGAAGCCGAAGAUCAGAAGGAGAUCGUCGUCCAAGGGUUCGCCGUCACUCCCGAAGAAUUGCGUCUGAUCACGGCCUACCCUUUCGCCGCGUUGCACUACCCGCUGAAGGACGGCGAUUCGAUCAUCAAUUCGCGCAUGUUGAGGCAAAUGGCCGCGGCCGGGGUGGCCGUCAGCAAGUUAACCAACAACCCGAACGCGAACAACAACAGUGACGACGUCAAAGUCGUGGCCCCAAAGGACAUUGACGAAUCGAUCCUGGGCGCCAACGUCUUCCGCACGACCGAGCCGCCGCCGCCCAAACCCAAGAAGCCCAAGGCCGCGCCGGCUAUUCUUGGCGACAAACUGCCCGUAGAAACGAAAGUGAUGGAGGCAGAGCCGCUGAAAUUGGCGGUGAAGGUGGGAGGCGAACCCCCGCCCGACGUUAAAUGGUUCAAGGAUCCACCGGGCACGCAAGUCAUGGCCGACGAGAGGACCAGCUUAACCGUGUCACCAGACGGGGUGGCCGAACUGGAAAUCAACGCCGCCGAUCCGCAGAAAGAUUCCGGCAAAUAUACGAUGGUGGCCGUCAAUGAAACGGGACAGGUCACGAGCCAGACUGUCGUCGAUGUUCAAAAGAAACACGAAGAGCCGACCGUUAAGGGCGAGCCAUUGCCCGUUGAGACCAAAGUGAUGGAAGACGAGCCACUGACGUUGAAGCUAAAAGUCGGUGGUAAUCCCCUGCCGGACGUCAAAUGGUACAAAGAUCCGCCCGGACACGAAGUGAUCCCCGACGAGCGCACCAGAAUUAGUCUGUCGCCAGACGGAACGGCUGAGCUGGCCAUCGAUUCGGCUAAUCCCGCCACCGAUUCUGGCCAGUACAAGAUGGUAGCCACUAACGAGCUGGGCCAAUUAACUGCCCAGACUAACGUCAACGUCGAAAAGAAACCGAGGAAAGCCACCAUUGAAGAAACUCUUCCUGCCAAAGUGACCACGUUCCAGGGCCAGCUUUUGAAGUUGACGGCCAAAGUGAACGGACAUCCUCCACCCAACGUCAAAUGGUACAAGGAUCCGCCCGGAACUGAAGUGACGGCCGAUGACAGGACGACCAUUGAACUCUUACCGGAUGGAACUGCUUCACUUCAAAUCGCUUCGGUCGAUCCAGCAAAAGAUUCCGGACAAUAUAAAAUGGUCGUCAUGAACGGAUCGGGCCAAGCGACGAGCCAAUCGGCCGUCGACGUCUCCAAGAAGCCCAUGAAAGCCACGGUGGACGAGAACUUGGCCUCGUCCGUCAUCGCCUAUCACGGCGAACCUUUAAAAUUAAAAGUCAAAGUCAGUGGCAAUCCUCUGCCCAACGUCAAAUGGUUCAAAGAUGACAAAGAAUUGACAUCCGAUGGUCGCAUGACCAUCACUUUGUCGCCGGACGGAACGGCCGAAUUCGAAAUCGCUUCAGCGGAUGCGACGAAAGACAGCGGGAAAUACAAGAUGGUGGCUGUGAAUGCGACGGGACAGAGCACAAGCGAAACAACAGUCGACGUCCAGGAAAAUAAACCGAAAAAGGCAACGAUUGAAGAGAAUCUGUCCUCGUCCGUAACGGCCUAUCACGGCGAUCCGCUCCACUUGAAGCUCAAAUUGAGCGGAUUCCCGCUGCCAGCAGUCAAAUGGUUCAGAAAUGAUGAAGAGCUGAAAGCAGACGAGCGAAUGACGAUGAAAGUGUUGCCGGAUGGAACCGCAGAGCUGGACAUCCUCUCGGCCGAUAUGGCUAAAGAUGGCGGACAAUACAAAAUGGUAGCUGUGAAUGAAACGGGACAAGUGACGUCGCAAACUGUCGUCAAAAUCCAAAAGAAACCCGAAUGCCCGUCUCUUCAAGGCGAGAAACUGCCCGUCGAAACGAAAGUGAUGGAAGCCGAGCCGCUGAGAUUGUCCGUCAAACUCAACGGCCAUCCGCUGCCGGACGUCAAAUGGUACAAAGACCCGCCGGGAACCGAAGUCGUUGCUGACGAUAGAAUCGAAAUCAAAUUGCUGCCAGACGGAACGGCCAAAUUAGACAUCCAAUCGGCCGAUCCAGCCGUUGAUGGCGGUCAAUACAAAAUGGUGGCCAUCAAUGCGUUGGGUCAAGUCACCAGCGAAACGGCCGUCCACGUCGAGAAGAAACCGAAGAAGGCCGCCAUCGAAGAAACUCUACCGGCCAAAAUAACAACGUUCCAAGGCCAGCUGUUGAAAUUGACGGCCAAAGUGAGCGGACAUCCUCCGCCCAACGUCAAAUGGUACAAGGAUCCACCGGGCAGCGAAUUGAUGGCUGACGGCCGGACGACGAUUGAAUUAUUAGCCGACGGAACAGCUAAAUUGGAAAUCACUUCCGUCGAUCCAGCAAAGGAUUCCGGCCAGUAUAGGAUAGUGGCUGCCAAUGCGACGGGCCAAGCCAUCAGCCGUUCGGCCGUCGAGGUGUCGAAACAGCCGAUGAAGGCAACGGUGGACGAGAGCUUGGCAUCGUCCGUCAUCGCCUAUCACGGCGAACCUUUAAAAUUAAAAGUCAAAGUCAGUGGCAAUCCGCUGCCAAGCGUCAAAUGGUACAAGGAUGAAAAGGAACUCGUUGCCAACGAGCGCAUGCGAAUUCAAUUGUCAGCCGACGGAAUGGCCGAGUUCGAAAUCGCCUCGGCAGAUUGGACGAAAGACAGCGGACAAUACAAGAUGGUGGCAGUCAAUGCGACGGGACAAAGUACGAGCGAAACGUCCGUCGACGUCCAGCAGAACAAGCCGCAAAAGGCCUCGAUGGACGAAAGCUUGUCCGCGUUGGUCACGGCCUAUCACGGCGAGCCGUUGAAAUUGAAGGUGAAGGUCAGCGGCCAUCCUCUGCCCGACGUGAAAUGGUACAAGGGCGAGAAAGAACUGAAGACGAACCAACGAAUGACCAUCAAAUUAUCGUCGGACGGAACUGCGGAAUUUGAAAUCCAUUCGGCAGACUCGGCCAAAGAUUCCGGCCAGUAUAAAAUGGUGGCUGUUAAUGCCAGUGGUCAAGUCACCAGUCAAUCCAUCGUGGACGUGCAAAGGAACAAGCCGAAGAAGGCCAGCAUCGACGAAGCGCUGUCCUCUUCCGUAACGGCCUAUCACGGCGAGCCGCUCAACUUGAAACUGAAACUCAGCGGAUAUCCUUUACCGGAUGUGAAAUGGUUCAAAGACGACAAGGAACUCGUUGCCAACGAUCGUACCAAAAUCAAACUGUCUCCGGAUGGAACGGCCGAACUGGAAAUUCCAUCGGCCGACGUGGCGAAGGAUUGCGGACAGUACAAAGUCAUGGCCGUCAACUCCCUUGGUCAAGUCACGAGCGAAACGGCCGUCGAUAUUCAAAAGAAAACGGAAGCGCCCACCAUCACGGGUGACACGCUGUCCGCCGAAAUCAAAGUGAUGGAUACUGAGCCGUUGAAAUUAAUGUUGAAAGUGAGCGGCAAUCCACUGCCCGACGUGAAAUGGUACAAAGAUCCGCCUGGACGUGAACUGUUCCCGGAUGACAGGAUGUCAAUUAAAUUAUCUUUGGACGGCACUGCCGAACUGGAAAUCGCCUCGGCCGAUUCGACGUGCGAUGCUGGGCAAUACAAAAUGAUAGCGGUGAACGCGUUGGGCCAGUUGGUGGCGGAGACGAAGGUCAGCGUCGAGAAGAAACCGAAAGAGGCCACGAUCGAUCAAGAACUUCCAGCUAAAGUGACGGCCUACCAAGGCCAGCUAUUGAAAUUGACGGCCAAAGUGAGCGGCCAUCCUUUGCCGGUCGUCAAAUGGUUUAAAGAUCCACCUGGCAAGGAAUUGGUCAACGAUGAGAGGACCACCAUCCGACUGUUGGAAGACGGAACGGCUGAGCUGGAAAUCAUGUCAGUCGAUCCGGACAAAGACACGGGAGCGUAUCGGAUGGUCGUGAUCAAUCCGUUGGGUGAAGUGACGAGCAAAACAGCUGUCCACGUCUCGAAGAAACCAAAGAAAGCGACACUGGACGAGGCUUUGUCAUCUUCCGUCUUAGCCUAUCACGGAGAGCCUUUGAAAUUGAAGCUCAAAGUCAGUGGCAACCCACUGCCGGACGUCAAAUGGUUUAAAGAUGACAGAGAAUUGACAUGCGACGAUCGCGUGAAAAUCAACUUGUCAGCGGACGGGACGGCGGAACUCGAAAUCGCAUCAGCGGAUUCGUCCAAAGACAGCGGACAGUACAAGAUGGUGGCCGUGAACGCAACUGGGCAAGUGACGAGCGAGACGAGCGUCGAUGUUCAGAAGAACAAGCCGAAGAAAGUCACGAUCGAAGAGAAUUUAGCGUCGUCGUUGACCGUCUUCCACGGCGAACCGAUGAAACUCAAAUUGAAAUUAGACGGUUAUCCUCUUCCGGAUGUCAAGUGGUACAAAGACGACAAUGAACUCAUUGCCGACGGGCGUAUCGUCAUCAAGUUAUCAGCGGACGGAACGGCCGAACUGGACAUCGCCUCGGCUGAUUCAGCCCAAGAUGGCGGACAGUACAGAUUGAUCGCCGUGAACGCACUGGGCCAGGUAACUAGCCAAACUAUCGUGGAUGUCCAAAAGAGCCGGCCGAAGGAAGCCACCAUCGACGAAGCUUUGGCUUCUUCCCUUCUAGUCCACCACGGCCAGCCGCUGACGUUGAAGCUCAAAUUAAGUGGCUACCCUCUACCGGAAGUCAAAUGGUUCAAAGACGGAAAGGAAGUGAAAACAAACGAACGUACGACUAUUCGAUUGUCGACGGACGGAACUGCGGAAUUCGAAAUCGCAUCGGCCGAUUCGGCCUGCGAUUCGGGCGAGUAUAAAAUCAUUGCCAAAAACGCAAUGGGUCAAGUGACGAGCCAAACUGUCGUCAAUGUCCAGAAGAAAACGGAAGCGCCCACGUUGCUCAGCGACAAGUUGCCGGACGCGACCAAAGUCAUCGAAGGCAAUUCGCUGAAACUGAGCGUCAAAGUCGGUGGCGAUCCGUUGCCCGAAGUCAAAUGGUUCAAGGACGGCCAAGGGCUGGUUCCCAACGAACGAACAGACAUCCAAUUGCUGUCGGAUGGCACCGCAAAAUUAGAAAUCACCAACACAGAUCCAGUCAUCGACGAUGGCGAGUACAAAGUCGUUGCCAAAAACGCCAAAGGUCAAGUGACGAGCCAGACGGACGUCAACAUCGAGAAGAAAAGCGAUGCGCCCACUUUGCUGGGCGACAAAUUGCCCGAAACGACCAAAGUCAUCGAAGGCGAUUCGCUGAAACUGAGCGUCAAAGUCGGUGGCGACCCACUGCCCGACGUCAAAUGGUUCAAGGACGGCCAAGGACUUGUGCCCAAUGAACGGACAGACAUUCAAUUGCUGUCGGAUGGCACCGCCAAAUUAGAAAUCACGAAAGCAGAUCCGAUCAAAGAUGCCGGCGUCUAUAAAUUGGUGGCCAAAAACGCCACUGGGCAAGUCACUAGCCAAACAGCCGUCGCUAUCGAAGAAAGACAAAAGGAAGCCACCAUCGAGGAAGCCCUUCCGGCUAAGACGAUGGCUUUCCAGGGCCAGAUGUUGAAGCUGACAGUCAAAGUGGGCGGGAACCCUUUGCCCGAUGUCAAGUGGUACAAGGACGGAAACGAACUGACUGCGAACGAUCGGACGGCGAUGCGAUUAUUACCGGAUGGAACGGCCGAAUUGGAAAUCCUGUCAGCCGAUGCGGGCACGGAUGUCGGCCAGUAUCAAAUCAUGGCCGAGAAUGCGACGGCUCUGGUGACGAGCGAAACGGCCGUGCGUGUCACGAAGAAGCCCAAAAAAGCCACGGUCGAUGAGGAAUUGUCUUCGGCCUUGACGGCCUAUCACGGCGAUCCGAUGAAAUUGAAAGCCAAAGUGAGUGGCAACCCGUUGCCGGAGGUGAAAUGGUACAAGGAUAACGAAGAGCUGAUUCCCGACGAGCGGCUGGACAUUCAAUUGCUUCCAGACGGAACGGCAGCGCUGGAAAUCGCGUCGGCCGAUUCGUCCAGAGACGGCGGCCUUUAUAAAAUGGUGGCCGUCAAUCCGACGGGUCAAAGUACCACCCAGACGUCCGUCGACGUCAAACGAUACAAACCCAAACUGGCCAGCAUCGACGAAGGUUUGCCGGCCGCGGUGACGGCCGUGCAGGGCCAACCGUUGAAACUCAGUGGCAAAGUGAGCGGCCAUCCUAAACCAGAGGUCAAAUGGCUCAAGGACGGCCGUCUCAUCCACCCGGGCAAUGCAAACAUGUCCCACCUGGCCGAUGGCACCGUCUCCUUGGAAAUCAAGUCGGCCAGGUCGGCCGACGCCGGCCGAUACACGCUGUCCGUCCUGAACGAGUUGGGAGAGAACGAAAGCGACACGGUGGUAGAGAUCGAGGCCCUUCCGGUGGAACCGCCGCCACCGCCCGUGCCCAGUGACAACAUGAACGACCCGCUCAUCCUCGAUUUUUUCAAGCGCAUCAAAACGGAUUUGGAAUCGGUGGAAAACGAUCCGUACAUCAGGGAGACGCUGGAAGCGGCCGAAGCGUUGGCGCAGACCGGCGGAAGACUCGAUUUGGCCAAGACCAUCCGCACGUUGCUGGACAUUCUGAAAAAUACGGAACGCGAUCCCGAAGUGGUAGACCUCAUUUUCGGCAUCCUGCGCUCCAAGCAAAGUAAGAAGCCGCCCAGUGGACUCGACUCGUCCGCGUUGCACGGAUUGCUGGGCAGAGCCUUGACCAACAAGUUGGGAUGGGCCAAGUCACCGGCUGGCACUGAAGUCUCAGGUUCCCCUCCAACGAGACCGGCCGAUCUCAGAGGCUUGGACGGUCCACACGCCAAUCAGAACGGAUCGAAAUCGCCCAUCGACGAGAGCAAAUUAGUAGACAAAUGGCAAUACUUGAACGGACCUGUUGAGAACAACAACAACAACAACAACAGCGGUGCUGGUCGAUUACGUAAAAUCUCAGCCGAGAGGCGUCAUCCUCGUCGGGUGACGUCACGUAGCUCUUCGUUCGCUCGCAACAUGGACCUGUCGGAAGAGGCUAGUGACGAUCCAGACAUAGACGAGUCAGGAUUGGGCGUCAACGCUACGCCCAGGGUCUUUGAUCCCAGCAACCCGAUCCCGGUGGUCAUCACCAGCGCCAAAGACAUUUCGCGCGACGUCAUCGACACUUUGCGCUACUCGCGCGACGAGGCCAAAAAGGAAUUUUACACCCAAAAGAUCCUCGAAGCCGUCGGAUUGCCCUAUUCAGGUCCUCGCUCGUCCAGCAAUGAAUCAGAGGACGGAUGGAAAUCCACCCCAGCCUCUCGCAAAUCCAGCAAUAAUCCAUCGCGCAAAACGUCUCAGAAUUCUCCGGCCUCGGCUUGCAUCAUCUUGAAGGAUUUCUUGCAGACGAUUGUGCCGGCCGAAGCGGCGCACAACGUCCUCAUCGGCCAGAUUGAUUACAUGAUCAUCGACGACGAAGGCGUGCGCUACUUUGAAUCGGCGCACGGAUUCGCUAGUCGCCGCAACAGCCGCUACGACAUCCGCCUAGCGGCCCAAGAAACGCUGAAGGCCAACCGGUCCCGCAGUGGAAGCGUCGAACCGACGAACAACGCCAUUAACGAGGAAACAGCGGCUGCUCAGGGCCCUUGGCCCUGGGCAGAUGUUGGGCCUCGUUCCCGACGCGCCAGCAUCGACGAAUUCCGCAAAAGGCUGCUGGAACAGGACGCCAGCAUCUCGAACAAAACGCGUCGCAGUUCGAGUCGAGAGCGUCCUCCUUCCGGCAGCUUCCAUUCGAUUCAUCAGCCGCACGGAAGACACUCUGUGGCCGCUUUCCCUCUCAGCCGCAAUAGCAGCAGUGGCUACGUCUCGCCCAUGGCGUCGGCCAGGAGCCGUCGAGGUAGCUUAGCCGAGGAUUAUUGCGCCCUGUACGGAUUGAACGCCGCUGGAGCCGCCAACGCGGCUCUCAUGCGUAAGCGCAAAGUAGGAACGGCCGGAUCGAUGGACGGAGUGGCCAGUAGCAUUAGCAGCAGCACCGCUCGAUCCAAGCGAUUUAGUCAAGCAUCUUUCGAUGAAUCUUACUGAUUUGAAAUGACGACUACCACCCACACCCCCCCCCCCCAGGCCCUUUUGUUGUUGAGCCGUUUCGGCCUUUGUCGUUUUCGUCCUCGUUUUGUUGUCGAUUUGAAAACAUGUUGGGAUGCGAAAAGAGGCUGAGAAGUGGGCAAUCACGAGAGAAAGUUAUCGCUCUCUCCUAUGUUGAUUUGAGCUGUGUUCGGCCUGUUGUCGAUUGCCUUGUUCUAAAUUUAGUUGUGUGUCCUCCUCCGUAAAAGAUAAUUGGGGUGAUGAAAAGGAAAUGAUUGGAGGCAACGAUGAUAGUCCUUCAUUUGUAAUGAUCUUCUUCAACGAUGAUUCGUGAUGGUGAUGUAGAGUGUGGUAUUCUUUCAGUUUUCAAUAGUGUGUCUUGAAACAGAAUCCAGUCCCUCAAAAGUCCCUUCUUCAAUGCAAUCGAAACUUUGUAGUGAUACUAUUUUUUUUUUUUUUUUUUUUUUUGGUGCUGGUGGAUCCACGGUGUUUGUUGUGUAUAAUAUUGUAUACCACACCGCCACCCACACAAUUGGUCAACAUCCCUAUCAUCCUCCCUGCUUGAUCGUGUAAAUAUAAUCGACACGUUUUAACUGAAAUCAACUUAAGAAGCCAAGUGCUUUUCUUUU